AGAAAAAGAAAAUAAUAAUUGGACUGGGGAGGUGAGCGCUCUAUUUCUCGGUUUCUUAUGCAACCAACUACGGCGGUGGCCGCUUCUUCUUCUUCUUCUUCAUUCUUCUUCUGGAAAUUUAUCUCUUGGAGGCUCUGCCUGAACCCUAAACCCUAAGACUUCCAUCUCUCUUCCUCUUUGUCAAUGCCUCUGAGUCAAAAUUCCUUAUCUUGCUUUCGGUCCUGUUGUGGGCGUGAGGUCUAAUUGUAAUUCUCAAAUGGGAGUGAAUGAAAGCUGAGAAGGGCGGGAAGCCAUACACGAAAAGAAAUGUUCGAAGGAGUUGUUAAUCAGGUCAUUUCGGGUUUUCUCGGUCGCUACUUCAGAGAUAUUCAGAGACACCAGCUCAAGUUCACCCUAUGGGAAGGGGCAUUGUUCUUGGAAAAUCUAGAGCUAAGUCUUGAAGCCUUUGAUUAUCUCCAGUUGCCUUUUGCUCUAAAGCAAGGGCGGGUUGGAAAGCUAAGCAUCAAAAUUCCUUGGAAAAAGCUUGGUUGGGACCCCAUCGAAAUUGUUUUAGAAAAUGUCUUUCUUUCUGCAUCCCAACGGGAUGAUCAAGAGUGGAGUUUGGAUGAAGUUGAAAGACGAGAGCUGGCUGGAAAAAAGGCCAAACUUGCUGCAGCAGAGCUGGCAAAACUAUCAAAACGUGUUUGUGAAAAUCAGGCUGGGCUUAUAUCAUAUAUUUCUGCAAAGGCUCUUGACAGCAUCCAAGUGUCAAUCAAAGAUUUUCAUAUCUUGUACCAUGACAAGCUGAGUGACUCGGCGUAUACUGUAUUCGGGUUAAAGUUGUCCAGCUUGAGGACAAUGAAGCAAAAUCCUUUUGGGUCAUCAGGUGGAAAAGGGGGCCAAGAUAAUAAAUAUGUGGAUAUUACGGGUUUGGAAUUUUAUUGUGGCACAUUUCAUGGAGCCAUGGAAUUGAUGACUAUGAACAAUGGUGGGGACUCUGAAUUGUGGCACGAUACAAGAUCGGACAGGGAAAGAUAUGACUCUAUAUUGUCACCUUGUGAUGUUUCCCUGUCACUUUCGGUCAACAGAUCGGGACAGCUUGAUAACAAUAAUCCACAGUACUCUAUCAACGCUGAGAUAACUGGCUUGGUGAUGUCUUUAAAUGAGGUUCAGUUGCAACAGAUUUUAAUUCUGUGGGAUUACCUAUGCACAUCUGAAUUGAGAAAUAAGUAUUGGCGGUAUCGUCCAUGGUGUAGGUUGUUAUCCAAAAAAAUGAAGGGCUGGCAAAGACUGUGGUGGCGUUAUGCGCAAGAAUCUAUCCUAUCAGAUGUGCGUAAGAGAUUAAGAAAAUCCUCGUGGAGAUACUUCGGACAGAGACUAAGUUCUUGCCGGAAGUAUGUUAACCUAUAUAAAACUAAGCUGGAUUUUCUUCGCCAUUAUCAGCCAAUUGACGAAAGUACUCAAUGGGAAUUGGAGCAAAUGGAGAAAGAAUUAGACAUAGAUGAUAUUUUAAGUUACAGGUCUACUGCUGAAUGUGAGCUGCAGGAAUUUUUGUCGAACUCUUCAACUUCACACACAAUUGAAAAUGUUGCCAGUAUUUCUGUGGAGAGGAUGCCUAAUGAUGAGCGUUCAGCGGGCAAAUCCCGUGGAUGGCUGAACUGGCUAUCCCGUGGCAUGCUUGGUGCUGGAGGAACAGAUGAUUCGGGUCAAUUUUCUGGUGUUGUUUCUGAUGAAGUUAUUAAGGAUAUAUAUGAGGCCACAGAGUUCAAUCCUCCGGUUUUAUCUAAUCGGGAUGCUCCGACAGACAAGAUCAGUAUAUGUGCACUCCAGUUCAGCAUUCAUCAAAUUUCUGCAACGCUGAGAAACAUGAAGUAUGGCCAGGAAAUUGCUGAGUUGAUGUUGAAUGGGGUGAUUGUAGAGUGUAAGUUUUGGGAAGAAUCUGCUACCAUUGUCACCACUGUCAACUCAGGGCAGAUGGUUUAUCCUUGUAGCAAGAAAGUCAUUCUGCAUAUGAGAAGGCCUAUUAUUGAGAAGAAACUAUUGGACAAUGUGCAUCCUUCCUGUAAAUUGCAAGUGGAUGUGUCACCAAACCUUGAGGUUGAAUUGUCCAUUAAGGGCACGCUUCAACCACUGGAAGUUACUAUUGAUGCAGAAUUUUUCCUAAAUCUGAUUGAUUUUUUUGGAGUUUUGAAGUCCUUUGAAGGUCAGCAUGGAAGGGUCCUCUUGUCGCUGAAUGGGAUUGAAAAUGUCAAUGGUCGACUGUUGUCAAAAGCUGAAUACCUUUUAUCCCAUCUUAGGAAAGUGUUGUGGGAUGUUAGUAUCUUCAAUAUUAUCAUAAAUGUUCCUUGGAGAGAUGCAAUAUCUGAGCAGCAUAACUUGGUAUUUGAAGCAGGCUCUCUUAUGUUUAGGACUAAAUGUGAUAUGGGGUCUAAUCCAUCAGAUAAUGAACAAGCAUAUGCUCUGAAUAACUUAUUAACUUCCGUUUCUGAGUGUAAAGUUCCUCUAAGCUUCCUACUUCAAGAUCUAUACGAUCACUUUGAGGUCAAGUUAAAUGAUUUCGAGAUGAAGAUAACUAUGCCUUCUCAUACUUUUCCAAUCUCUAUCUUGGAGAAACUCAGUGCUUCUAUCUCCUUGGCACGUUGCUUGAUCCAAGAUGAAUCUGUGUUGAAACAGUUGGAGGUUUAUAUCAAUGUAUCAUCACUUAAUGCUCAUUUCUCCCCAUCCAUAUAUGCUGCAAUUCUGGGAUUAAUUGCUUACCUAGGUGCUCUGCAAUCAAGCUCUGAAUCUGUAUCCUUGGAAACUAUUGAUUCAUUUAAUGUCGCAUCAAAGGGAUUGAGGAGUCCUGCUGCAUCAAAGGGAUCGAGGAGUCCUGUUUUCGGUUUCUCUACCAAUGUCAAACUGGAGACAGUCAGCUGUCGUGUAGAACUUGAAAAUGAGAAAGAAAACAGUUCAUCCAUCAUGCUUGUGUUCCAACAAUUGUAUAUCAGCUAUGCUCUUGCAGAACUUGAGAAGUUCUGGAUCUGUAUGGAAGCAUUGAGGAUCACCACUUCUCCCUUGACUGGUGAAAGUGAUAGCCAUAUUCUUCAUUCAAAUGGGAAUCAAUCUUCUACAAGUGCCUUACAUCAACAUGGUAUUGGGUUGAGCAACCGUAGUGAUGAUUUUGCCAAAAACAUUUUAAAUACUGAAUCAUGCUUUAUUUUACAGUAUGAGUCUCUUAGGAAGGAGUCAGUUCAUAAAAAAUGUAGAAUAUGCUUGAAUAAUGCUGAUGUACACUGCUACCCAAAUGUAAUCAGGCUUCUGAUUAGAUUUUUUGAUAAGCUAUCUACCUAUGGUGCAUCUGAUCAUGGUAACCUGCCCUCUAGCUCAUCCGUGGAUGCUGGGAAUCCAGAAAAGGUUAAUGGUUUUGGGUUUGAAAGGUUUGGUUUCUCGAACUUCAUUGAAACUGGGUCCUCUGAGCAUGCAAGCAUACCUUUAGAUCAUUUUCCUUUUGUUACGAUAUGCAAUUCUGGUUCCCUUGGUAGCCUUGAAAGUUCUUUGCUUUAUGCCAGUCAUGAGUGGAGAAAAUAUUUCUGUUUAAGGGAAGGCGGAAUCUGCUGUCCACAAUCCAAUACAAAGAAGGUAUCUGAAAAUUUUCAAGCCACACCAUUAGAGUCCACAUCUGUUGUUGAAGCAUCUGAUGUGGAUGGGAGUUCUGCUGAUACCAGUAGUCUGUUUGCCAUUGAUAUAACUCUCUCUGAAAUCAGAGUGCAUUUUCAUGAUUCUUCAUGCAUCAUUGGGAUGAUUACCUUGCCUACAUCUAAGUCAUCUGUACUCAUUUCUGAAAAUUGCUUCGAUAUAUUGUGUUCUACAGAGGGAUUAGUUCUCACGUCAUCAUGGUACCCACAGAACUUACGUCAGUUUCUGUGGGGGCCCUCACUUCCCAGUUUAUCUCCUAUUUUAAAUGUACGAGUGAGGAAAGAAAAAUGUGGGCCUUUGAGUUCUCGUAUUGAAGUAAGCUUCAGCGUUCAGCAUGUAUAUUGCAUUUUACCUCCUGAGUAUCUGGCAGUACUAAUUGGUUACUUUUCGUUGCCUGAUUGGAGUUCAGAUUCAAAUGAGCAGCCUGUCAUUGUAGGGCAUGAAUAUACUGAAACUGAAAAUGAGUGUUCCCUUGUAUAUAAGAUUGAGAUACUGGACUCUACUUUGAUUUUGCCCAUGAAAAGCAAUGAGGGUCAUUUUCUAAAGACUGAACUUCAGCAGUUGUAUUGUAGUUUUAUUGAUAGCAGCAGUUUAAAUAAUGUAUUGAAGGAUAUUCCUCCUGAAUGUUGGGUUCCUGCACAUAAACUUUCUGAAAGAAAUCACUGUUUAAAUUUAUUUGGACGAGACUUGUUCCUGUCAUUCCUUUCUUUAAAGGAUGAUGGACACAGUUACUUAAAGUUUGAUCAAGAUAUUGAGCAUGUAGAUAUUCCAUUAGUUGCGCCCCUAUGUGCUGAUGUUUGGGUGAAGAUACCAUGUGAAAAUGAAUCCUCAAGUUCUCCCUCAACCAUCUGUGUCAUGACGAGGAUUAAAAACUGUCAACUUAUGGCUGAGGAUGCUCAAUUCUUUCAUGGAUUUGAGGGACUGCUUGAUGCCAUAAAUCAAUUUUCUGAAGUUUCUGAUGUAUCUAAAUGUUUCAAAUCUGAUGUUCCGCAGUUUCUUCAGUUAAAGAGGACUUUAGAACAGAAUAAUGCAGUUUCACCUGUCGUUUCAAGCAUUACAUUUACAGAAGUCAGAUGCUAUUGCGAUUCUUUGUCGAUGCAGUUAAAUCGCUUUGGAAAAGACUUAAAAGAACCUAUUGCUAAGGCGGAAAUGCAAUUUAUGUGUUCUGCAUCAUUGAGAAAUGACGAUCUCUUAAAUGUAGUGAUUAGUUUUUCCUCGCUAGCUUUAUAUUCAUUACCUGAUUCUGUCGUAUUAGCAAGAUUCAAAUCCAUGUGUUCAACCUCAGCAGUUCUUGAUUUUUCUCUUUCGAAAGAAACUCAUGGUGAAAUGGAGCUACUGGUUUCUUUGCCUUCUGUGGAUGUGUGGUUAUAUUUGUCUUACUGGACUGACGUAAUUGACUGUUUGAAAUCUUAUCCUGGACAAUUAUCCAUAAAUGAGCCUGACAAUUUAAAGCAGGAUGCUGAUGUUCUGUUUGUGAAGUCAGAAAAUAUUUGUGUUACAUGUCACUUUCCUGUCUGGAUUGGUGAUGAUGGUUGGGAGGAAUAUCAGGUAGAUGAAGGUCAUGGAGAGGGCCAUCCAAAUUAUUCAUCUCGCACGAUUAACAGAAAAAACUUUAGAUGCCCUGCAGUUACUGUGUGCAGUAAAAGUAGUGAACUUUUGGUUGAUGGAAGAAAUGUGAAAGUGAAGUCCGACAUGGAAAAACUGAGUGGCAUGGUAUUGCUGAGCGAGGAAAGUGGUCAAUCAUGGCCUCUUUUCCAGAUUUGCCAAGUUUUUGUGGAAGCUCAGAUUAAUAAUAACCAGGUGGAGCUUGCGCAUGUUGAAGUAGAUGUUCAAUGUGAUCAUUUAGAUGUAUGGAUUUCACAUAGGAUGCUCUACUUUUGGCACGGCGUACCAUUCAAUGUCGGUGAAGGAAGGCCUUCUCAAUUUUCUUAUGGAGGACUUGAUUUUAAAGUUCAACUUAGGAAGAUUUCAUUUCUGCUAAGUGAUGGAAGGUGGAGUUGUAGUGGACCGCUGUUUCAAAUUCUUAUGGGGAACAUCUUUUUGCAUGCUAAUGUGAAUCAAAACAACCUCAAAGGUUCAGUCAAUGGUGACCUUCAAGUGAACUACAAUAACAUUCACAAGGUCUUCUGGGAACCUUUUAUUGAGCCUUGGAAGUUUGAGGUUGAUGUGAUUCGAAAGCAAGAAAUGAGUCUCAACAGCUCCAUUUUGACAGAUAUCAAUAUCAAAUCAACUGCGCACCUUAAUCUGAACUUCACUGAAUCCCUUAUAGAGUGUGUGUUCAGGACAUUUGAGAUGAUUAAGGAUGCUUGGGUUCUAAUAGGUCCAAAUGAUCUUCCUGAGAGCCAGAAGUUAUUAAAUUCUCCUUAUUCUGAAUAUACGUAUGCAGGAAAAUACGCUCCUUAUGUACUUCAAAAUUUGACAUCUCUACCUCUAUUAUAUGACGUUUACCGAGGCCCAAUUAAUCCUGAUGAUUUUGGUGUCUCGGAAAUGAAGAACAGAAAAUAUGUGCAACCAGGUUCUUCUAUUCCAAUCUAUAUCAACGAUACUCCCGAGGAACAACUUAUUAAUGUUAAGCCAGCUCACUUUUCUGAGAGGCUUUUUGAGCAGAAGGCAAAUGGGGUUGCUCAUCAGUAUAUUACCAUUCAAUUUGAUGGAACAUCAGUAUCUUCUGAUCCUAUCUCAAUGGAUCUUGUAGGACUUACCUACUUUGAGGUUGAUUUUUCAAUGGCAUACGACAACAAUAGGGGAAAUAAUAGAACAAAUGCCAUUGGCGGUUUUGUUGUUCCUGUUGUGUUAGAUGUUUCGGUGCAGCGUUACACCAAGUUAAUACGACUGUACUCGACGGUUUUACUUUCAAAUGCAACUUCAAUGCCACUGGAGCUGCGAUUUGAUAUUCCAUUCGGUGUGUCCCCAAUGAUCCUAGACCCAAUAUACCCUGGUCAAGAGUUACCACUGCCUCUCCAUUUGGCUGAGGCUGGUAGGAUUAGGUGGCGUCCAAUUGGAGAUUCUUAUCUCUGGAGUGAAGUUUAUAACCUCUCCAACCUGCUUUCACAGGAAAGUAAAAUUGGAUUUCUUAAGUCCUUUGUCUGCUAUCCCGCUCAUCCAAAUAGUGAUCCCUUUCGAUGUUGCAUUUCGGUUCGAAAUAUCAGCUUACCUUCAUCUGUUAGGUCAAGGAAGACCUUUUCUCCGCAUCUGAAAAGUACUUUAAAGCAACCGGUUGUAGGUGGUCAAAUAUCACAAAAGUUAGAGGAGUCAAAGAAGCAAUUUGUUCACCAACUGACUCUCAGUAUCCCUUUAGUAGUGAAUAACUACCUUCCCAAGGAAGUGACAUUGACGAUAGAAAGCGGUGGCAUUACUCGGACUGCAUUUCUUUCAGAGGUGGAAACUUCCUUUCAUAAUGUUGAUCCUUCGCAUCACCUGAAAUUGGAGAUCCUUUUGCAUGGCUUCAAGCCAGCAGUUUUGAAUUUCCCACGUAAUGAUACAUUCUGUAAGAUGGCUAAGUUUGCUGGAGUGAAGUUUUCACUCUCUGAAAUUGUGGCCUUUUAUGCAGACUCAUCAAACGGUCCUAUAUAUGUUACCGUGGAAAAGGUGUUGGAUGCAUUUUCUGGUGCCAGGGAACUUUUUAUCUUUGUUCCCUUUCUGCUGUAUAAUUGCACUGGUUUUCCUCUCGUCAUUUCAGAAGCUUCCAGUGAAAUGAAAGGAGUAAGCUGCUCUGUUCCGUCUUGUUAUGAUAUGGCUGAACAAGAACUGCUUCAGGGCAAAAAAGAUGGUCUCAGUCUGGUAUCAUCUAGCCAUCAUCUGCAUGCUACAGAUUCACAUGGUCUGGGGAGUUCCUUGUCAAGAAGUCACAUUGUCUCAGUUAGAGAGAAUGCUAAUCCACACAAAGAAAUAUUUCUUAGCAAACCUUUGAAUCCAUCGAAGUCUCAAGAAAAUUUUCAAGAGCUUUCAAGCAAAAGCGAUUUAGACCGUCAGAAUUCUCUUUUAAAUAGUUCACAGAACCAAUCGAGUUCAAGCUGUCAGUUGACCUUAAAAGAUUCCAACUUUAAUGGUUAUGAGCGUGGAAGAGCUAGGGCAUGCAUGUUCUCUCCUAACCCCAUUUCUUCUGCUAGUGAAGUUACGGUUAGAGCGAGCAGGUGUCUGCCUGAAUAUCUAACAGAAAAUAUGCCAAAUUAUCUAUGGUCAAGUCCAUUUUCCCUUGUUCCACCUAGUGGUUCUACUACUGUCCUUGUUCCUCAACCAUCAUCAAAUGCCGCAUUCAUGUUGUCUGUAACUUCUAGUGCAGUCGCUGCCCCAUUUGCUGGGAGGACAAGUGCCAUUACUUUCCAGCCCAGGUACAUUAUCAGCAAUGCAUGCAGCAAGGACGUGUGUUAUAAGCAGAAAGGAACUGAUUUUAUUUUUCAUUUGGGCAUAGGAGAACAUUCUCAUCUUCACUGGAUGGAUACAGCCAUGGAGUUACUGGUUUCCAUUCGUUACAAUGAACCUGGAUGGCAAUGGUCAGGUGGCUUCUUGCCAGAUCAUCUUGGAGAUACGCAAGUGAAAAUGCGGAAUUAUCUUUCUGGUUCAUUAAAUAUGAUACGUGUUGAAGUGCAGAAUGCUGACGUCUCCAUGGGAGAUGAAAAGAUUGUUGGAAACUUCCAUGGAAAUUCUGGCACAAAUUUGAUUCUCAUAUCAAAUGAUGAGACUGGGUAUAUGCCCUACAGAAUUGAUAAUUUUUCAAACGAGAGGCUAAGGAUCUACCAGCAGAGGUGUGAAACUGUUGAAACUACUGUUCACUCUUACACAUCUUGCCCUUAUGCCUGGGAUGAACCAUGCUAUCCACAUCGUCUCACUGUGGAGGUACCUGGAAAGCGUGUUUUGGGGUCAUACGCUCUUGAUGAUGUAAAAGAGUACAGUCCAGUGCAAUUGCCAUCAUCUUCUGAGAAACCUGAGCGAACAUUGCAUUUAUCCAUCCAUGCCGAGGGAGCAACGAAGGUCCUCCAUGUUAUUGACUCAAGUUACCAUAUUUUAAAUGACAUGAAGAAGACAAGUGUCCCUCGCUUAAGAGAGAAAAGGAAUGAUGAACAGAAACAGGACAAGUGUAUAGGUUUCAUGGAAAGAAUUUCAGUUGUUAUUCAACACAUUGGUAUCUCCAUGAUCAAUAUUCAUCCACAGGAAUUGCUUUUUGCUUGUGCAAAGAACAUUACAAUUGAUCUCGUACAGAGUUUGGAUCAACAAAAACUCUCCUUUCAAAUGACAUCAUUGCAAAUUGAUAACCAGCUGCGAUCUUCCCCAUAUCCUGUUAUUUUGUCUUUUGAUCGUGAUUACAAAAGCAAUCCCAUUGGCCAUGUGAAUAAGGAUGAUGUCACGAAACAAAGAAGUGAAAGAAUGCUGCAAAGGACUUCUCACAGCUCUUUCGAACCUGUAUUCUACCUUGCUGUAUCAAAGUGGAGGAAGAAAGAUGUCUCAUUGGUUUCAUUUGAAUAUAUAAGCUUAAGAGUUGCUGAUUUCUGUCUUGAGCUUGAGCAAGAAUUGAUAUUAAGCCUCUUUGGCUUCAUCAAAAAUGUAUCUUCAAGGUUCCAGAGUAGAGUCUUGCCAUUAUCAGAUCCAUUCUUGGGCUCUCAUAUUAAGGAUACAGGUUUAAUGGAUUCCUAUGCAACAGAGAACCAACUUCACUUAAUGACUGUUCCCGUUUUUAAUGAAAGCCACAAACCCAGACUCUCACUACCUUUAAUAGUUCCAAUUGGAGCUCCAUGGCAGCAAAUUUACCUUUUGGCUAGAAGACAGAAAAAGAUCUAUGUUGAAGUGUUUGAUUUGUGCCCCAUCAACUUGACCUUAAGCUUUUCCAGUGCUCCAUGGAUGCAUAAAAAUGGGAUUCUUACCGCCGGAGAAUCUGUUAUCCAUAGAGGUCUUAUGGCUCUUGCUGAUGUUGAGGGUGCACGAAUCCAUCUCAAGCAGUUGACAAUUGCACAUCAAAUUGCUAGCUUGGAGUCUCUUCAAGAGAUCCUUGUAAGGCAUUAUACACGGCAACUUCUUCAUGAGAUGUAUAAGGUGUUUGGUUCUGCUGGUGUUAUAGGCAAUCCCAUGGGAUUUGCAAGGAGUAUGGGGCUUGGCAUUAGAGAUUUCUUGUCAGUGCCUGCCCGGAGCAUUUUUCUGAGCCCCACUGGACUUAUUACUGGCAUGGCACAAGGCACCACUAGUCUUUUAAGUAAUACUGUCUACGCUAUAAGUGAUGCUGCCACACAGUUCAGCAAAGCUGCACACAAGGGCAUUGUAGCAUUUACAUUUGAUGACCAGGCUGUUUCAGGAGUGGAACAGCAGCAGAUUGGUAUAGCAACUCACUCUAAGGGUGUGAUAAAUGGGGUGUUUGAGGGACUCACAGGUCUUCUUCAAUCACCAAUUAAAGGAGCUGAGAGACAUGGUCUUCCUGGUGUCCUGUCAGGCAUAGCUUUAGGUAUUACAGGACUUGUGGCUAAACCAGCUGCUAGUAUUCUUGAAGUUACUGGAAAAACUGCACAGAGUAUCAGAAACCGGAGUAGGUUCUAUCAAAUGGGACAACAGCGCUUUAGGGUCCGUCUUCCAAGGCCUCUAAUCAGGGAACUUCCCUUAAGACCUUACACUUGGGAAGAAGCUGUUGGAGCAUCAGCACUUGUAGAGGCGGAUGAUAGUUUUAGGCUCAAGGAUGAGAUUUUGGUCAUGUGCAAGGAACUAAGACAAGCUGGUAAAUUUGUCAUCAUUACACAGAGGCUUGUAUUAAUUAUAAGCUGCUCAAGUCUGGUGGACUUAGGUAAGCCCGAAUUUCGAGGUGUUCCUGCUGACCUGGAGUGGGUAAUUGAAUCUGAAAUUCGUUUGGAGAGUGUUAUACAUGCUGACUGCGAUCAAGGAGUAGUACAUAUAGUUGGAAGCAGUUCAAAUAUUCCUUUGCGGCAAAACCAGCAAGCUAAAAGAAGCAGUGGAACGGGAGCAGUGCGUUGGAACAAUCCUACUGUUCCUCUCAUUCAGACAAACUUGGAAUUGGCGCACCAAGAAGAAGCAGAAAACUUGUUACAGAUUUUGUUGUCUACGAUUGAAUUGGGAAAGGAGCAAGGGUGGGGUUGUAGGUAUCUUCUGCAUCGAAGUAACAUCAAAUAAGUCGGGCAGAGCAUAAUUAUACACUUGUUUGAAGGAUUGAAUUUCUCACAAUGCUAGCAGGCCGGAGGACUUGUUACAGAUCUUGUGAUGUUUUACAAUGGAGUAAUGUCAACUAGGUCUAAAGUCGAGCUUCUUUAUCACAGUUUGAAGGAUUGAAUUUUGUAGGAAGCGUGGUGAAGGGAGUGAGAAAUGAGUCACUUGUAUGAUUUUUAUUUUAUUUUAUGAACUCCCCCGAUAGGAAAGCAGCAUUAAGAAUGCCAGCCAGAGACCUUUCCCCUUGUUAUGUCUUACACAAUGUAGACU